CACUCACUCACUCACACACAUACACACACAGAGCUCUCUCGUCUUGAGCGCACUAACGUGGCCCUUUCUUUGUGUGGAGCCCUCGAGUGGGAUUGGGACCCCGGCCCUGUCCCGGGGAGAUGGCGCAGCCCAUCCUGGGCCAUGGGAGCCUGCCGCCCGCCUCAGCUGCUGGCUUAGCAUCCCUGGAGCUAGACUCAUCUAUGGACCAGUACGUGCAGAUUCGCAUCUUCAAAAUCAUCGUGAUUGGGGACUCCAACGUGGGCAAGACCUGCCUGACCUUCCGCUUCUGCGGGGGUACUUUCCCAGACAAGACUGAGGCCACUAUCGGUGUGGACUUCAGGGAGAAGACCGUGGAAAUCGAGGGCGAGAAGAUCAAGGUUCAGGUGUGGGACACAGCAGGACAAGAACGCUUCCGAAAAAGCAUGGUCGAGCAUUACUACCGCAAUGUGCAUGCGGUGGUCUUUGUCUAUGACGUCACCAAGAUGACCUCCUUCACCAACUUAAAAAUGUGGAUCCAAGAAUGCAAUGGGCAUGCUGUGCCCCCCCUCGUCCCAAAGGUGCUUGUGGGUAACAAGUGUGACUUGAGGGAACAGAUCCAGGUACCCUCCAACUUAGCUCUGAAAUUUGCUGAUGCCCACAACAUGCUCUUGUUUGAGACAUCAGCCAAGGACCCCAAAGAAAGCCAGAAUGUGGAGUCAAUUUUCAUGUGCCUGGCCUGCCGACUGAAGGCCCAGAAGUCCCUGUUGUAUCGUGAUGUUGAGAGGCAGCAAGGCAAGGUGCAGAAACUGGAGUUCCCACAGGAAGCUAACAGUAAAGCUUCCUGUCCUUGUUGAAACCAAAUGAUGUAAAUACAUGAGAAUUAGCACUGGAAGUUUUUUUUUCCUCCUUUUUUUUUUUCCUGUGCCUGCAUAAUGCUGACACCUGCUUGUUUCCACAUAAACUGAGAUCAAAAUAAAAUUUGUAUAGAUUAUUGCAUGGCUUUAUGUCUUGCUUUCUUCCAGGAAGAC